GGCAAUCCGGCUAAGCACGGAGCCAGCGUUACAAAGGCCAGCGGUCUUUCCAGGAACGCCGCUCGGCACAAGUAUACUGUCAGCCAAAUGAUGCGUCCCAAAGCCGACAUAUGGGUGGAGUAAACCUUGUUGGCAAACCACUCGGUUGUCCAAGGAAGUGAAUGAGAGACAAAUAGACAUGUAGCCAGCCACUGCUCUCGACCAUUCCCUUCCAGCAACAUAAGACUGUCUUUUUUUCAGAACAGGCUUUCAACCACCAACAGCAUUUUGAGCCUUUCGAUAUAUUCUCUGUACAUUAUUCAUCAUGGCACCGGCUGCGAUUUCCCCACCGGGUUCCCCACAACCUUCAUCGAACCUUUCGGCGUAUCGGGGCUACCAUCAUGUCCACUGGUACGUAGGCAACGCAAAGCAAGCAGCCUCAUUCUAUGUAACAAGAAUGGGGUUCGAACGUGUUGCAUACCGCGGCUUGGAGACGGGAUCUCGCGCCAUUGCAUCUCACGUGGUGCGGAACGGAGACGUGACCUUUGUACUCACAUCCCCUCUUCGCGGUCUGAAGCAAAGCUCCAAGUUCAGCAAAGAAGAAGCAAAGCUGCUAGCCGAAAUCCACGAGCACCAAGAAAAGCACGGCGACGCUGUAAAAGAUGUUGCCUUUGAAGUCGACAACCUAGACGCAAUCUACACAUCAGCAGUAAACGCAGGCGCCCAAUCCAUCACCUCCCCCCACACCGUCAAAGACGAAAACGGCACAGUGCGUCUAGCAACCAUCCAAACCUAUGGCGACACAACACACACGCUCAUCCAAAAAGAAUCCUACACGGGCAUCUUCCUCCCGGGAUACCAAGCCAACACAACCCCAUCAUCCGUCGACGCCCUCACCAAAUUCCUUCCCCCGGUAACCCUCUCGCACAUCGACCACUGCGUCGGCAACCAAGACUGGGACGAAAUGGAAAACAUCUGUGACUACUACGAGAAGGUGCUGGGAUUCCACCGGUUCUGGUCCGUCGACGACAAGGACAUAUGUACCGAGUUCUCGGCGCUAAAGUCCAUCGUCAUGGCGUCGCCCAACGACGCCGUCAAGAUGCCCAUCAACGAGCCCGCCGUCGGCAAGAAGCAAUCGCAGAUCGAGGAGUAUGUUGAUUUCUACGGCGGGCCUGGCGUCCAGCACAUUGCGCUCCGCACCGACGAUAUCGUGCGCGAUAUCACGAACCUCAAGGCCCGGGGUGUCGAGUUCAUCAAGGUCCCCGCGACGUACUACGAGGAUAUGAAGAUGCGGUUGAAGAAAGCUGGGUUGACGCUCAACGAGGACUUUGAGAUGCUGCGGAGUUUGGAUAUCUUGAUUGAUUUCGACGAGGGCGGGUAUUUGCUGCAGUUGUUUACCAAACACGUCAUGGAUCGGCCGACGGUGUUUAUCGAGAUUAUCCAGAGGAACAAUUUCGAUGGGUUUGGCGCGGGGAAUUUCAAGUCGUUGUUUGAGGCGAUUGAGAGGGAGCAGGAGUUGAGGGGGAAUUUGGUGUAG